UUUUAUUUUGCAGAAUUUGCUGGCAGUGACGGUGGUAAAGGCAGGAUGAUGGAGAACACGGCACUGGAAAGUUUAAUUGAGAUGGGCUUCCCGCAGAACCGAGCAGAGAAGGCCUUGGCGCUGACAGGCAACCAGGGGAUCGAACAGGCUAUGGAUUGGUUGGUUGAACAUGAGAACGAUCCCAACCUGGACGAGCCCUUCGCAGCCCCCCAAGGCCCCGUUCCAGACGCCGAGGAACCCGCCAAAGGAACGACGCCGGAUUCGGCGCAAGGGGGGUCAGGUGAGCUGGCCGAAGGAGAGACGCAGCGUCCCCUGACGGAAGAGGAAAAGCAGGAACAGACGAAAAGGUUAGGCCUUUCCUUCC